AUCGUGCGGAAGCCAAAGAAAAUUGUGGAAACCUCAACAAAAAAAACGAAGAGGAAAACCCCAAGCAAACAUUCAUUAAGUUCUGCGCUUCAAAAAAGAAAAUAGAAUAAAUUAAAAUAAAAGUUGCCCUCAUAAUUAAAACGUAUUAAAAUUCAGGAGCAAAUUGGCUAAGCCGUAAAUCUGAAAUACCAGAGAGCGAAAGGAAAUUGUGGAAGUUUUUAGUCUAAUUGAUGCAUUGUGCAAUGCGUGAAAUUCUGAUUAUAUAAGAGCGGCAAAUGAGCGAAGUUUGCAUUAGUGGAAAACUCAAUUGACUGCGAAUUUUCGCACAGUCAUCGCCCAGCGGAAAGCCCGAAGAAAAGCCGGCAAAAAAAAGAACACAAAAUUAUUUAUUUUUGCAUGGGUAAAUUUUGUGAAUUUUGACAGGCGCAGCAAAAAAGAAGAGGAAAGAAAAAAGAAUCGGUGGAAAGGCAGAUUGAAGAGAAAAACUAUUGCAACAAAGUGUAAAAAAAAGAAUAGGCAAAUAGUGAGAGAGUGAGAGGGAGAGGUAGUGAGCGAGAGGGAGGGGCAGAUUGCAAGCGUGCGAGCGCACAAGAUUUAUAAAUAAAACGAGCAGCCACGCACAAAAAGAGCAGCGAUAAGAGGCGUAAGAGAGGGAGAGCGUGAAAGAUACGAAACGUAAACAAACAAAGGGAAUAGCAAACGCAGAAAGCAGAUAUAAUAAAAACAGCAUCACGAUGCCGGAGCCCUUGGGCCUGCUGUGGUCCACGCCCGAGACAAAGAAGAAGGCGCCCAUUAUCAAAGUAUCCUGCGGCAUCGGCGACACGGACGGCUUUCCCGCUUUCGAUGUCGAAUCGGAUAUUUACGACUCGAAGGACGACGAGAAGUGGGGUUUCCUGAUAACCGGUGGCGCCGAAUUUCAUAUGCCCUUAACUGUCUUUCAGGUAACGCCCAAUAGUAUAGCCGACAAAUCGGGCAUUCGUCUGGGCGAUAUCAUACUCGAGAUAAACGAGGAGGACGCCACGCAGCUGACUCUGGCCCAGGCACACGAGCGCAUCAACGCAACGCCCAAGAAAGUGCAGCUCGUCAUGCGCAACAUGGAGGAGGAUGAUCCCACGGGCAUGUUUGAGGCCGGCGAGGAGAAGUCCAUAGUGAUGCGCGUGCCGAAGCCGAUGCCGCCGCCAAAGGGUGAGUCCAAGUCGCACUCAAUAGAGCUGCGCCUGCUGGAGAUGCAGAGGAAACUCUCUGCCAUAGCUGAGAUACCCAAGAUACUAACCUCAACGCUGCAGACUGUCUCGCAGUCCUUUGGCAGCCUGCAGGACGUGGAGCUGUCCUACAUGCCGCGCAAAUGCUCCUACGAUGAGGAUGCGCUCGACUAUGAGCUGGCCAGUGAGGACGAGCAUGAGGAUGGCGAUGGGGAUGAGCCUGAGCCAGAGGAGGCGGGGCAGGAAGAUGAUCUGGUGCAGGUGCCAGAUGAGGACGAUGACGAAGAGCAGUUAUUGCAACAGUGUGUAGCCAAGCAGCUAAAGGAUUUGACGCCGGAAUCCGAUUAUGCAUCGGAAGUCAAUUACGCGACAAAUGAGCUGAAUGAUGAGCCAGACGAGGAGCUAGACACGGCUGAUGAGGAUGAGGAUGAGGAUGAAUCAGCACUUAAAACGGUUUACUAUAUGAAGCUGCCUGCUGUUAGCAAUGAUGGGAAGCAUGGGCAUGAGGAGGAGGAGCGGGAUGGAAUGGAUGAUGAUGAUGACGAUGACGAUGACAGCGAUUUUCUGAGCACCACUUACACCUGGAAUCUGCGAAAUGUGCCCAAGCUGCGCGUUAGCGACGCUGAAAGCCCACAGCUGGAGACGCCUGCCAAUGCGUGUGACACAUCAAAGGUGCGCCCAGCCACGCCUACGCCAGCGCCCACAGCCAAUACAACACAGAAGGCCAUGCCGGAGGCCACAAUACCAUCGCCGACCGAGUCACAAAAGCUGCUCUUUAAACUGGAUAAUCUGGAGCGCAGCUGGCCCUGGGCGGAUCGGGAAAAAAUCAUCUACAAGCAAUCAACUUGUCAUCUGGUACCACGCAAGCCGCUGGGCAUAGUCAGCCAGCGCGUGCAGCUGCUGGCCAAGCAGGAGCUGCAGCGCAAGGAUAAGACGCAGUAGGCCAAAAAAAA